UUUCAACAGCUACUGUCUUCGUUUACUGAUAAAGAACUCUUGGCAUAUGCAAAAGCUGGAGCAGUAGCUGAAGAGGUCUUAGCAGCCAUCAGAACUGUGAUUGCUUUUGGAGGACAAGAGAAAGAACUUGAAAGGUACAACAAAAACUUAGAAGAAGCUAAAAGAAUUGGGAUCAAGAAAGCUAUCACGGCCAACAUUUCUAUUGGUGCUGCUUUCCUGUUGAUCUAUGCAUCAUAUGCUCUGGCAUUCUGGUAUGGGACCUCCUUGGUCCUCUCCCAAGAAUAUACUAUUGGAAAAGUACUCACUGUCUUCUUUUCUGUAUUAAUCGGGGCUUUUAGUAUUGGACAGGCAUCUCCAAGCAUUGAAGCAUUUGCAAACGCAAGAGGAGCCGCUUACGAAAUCUUCAAGAUAAUUGACAAUAAGCCACGCAUUGACAGCUAUUCAAAGAAUGGACAUAAACCAGAUAAUAUUAAGGGAAAUUUGGAAUUCAAAAAUGUUCACUUCAGUUACCCAUCUCGAAAGGAAGUUAAGAUCUUGAAGGGCCUCAACCUGACGGUGGAGAGUGGGCAGACAGUGGCGCUGGUUGGGAACAGCGGCUGCGGGAAAAGCACAGCGGUGCAGCUAAUGCAAAGGCUCUACGACCCCACAGACGGCACGGUCUGUAUUGAUGGACAGGACAUUAGGGCCAUCAAUGUAAGGUACCUUCGGGAAAUUAUUGGUGUGGUGAGUCAGGAACCUGUGCUGUUUGCCACCACGAUAGCUGAAAACAUUCGCUAUGGCCGCGAGAAUGUCACCAUGGAAGAGAUUGAGAAAGCUGUUAAGGAAGCCAACGCCUAUGACUUUAUCAUGAAACUACCCAAUAAAUUUGACACCCUGGUUGGAGAGAGAGGGGCCCAGCUGAGUGGCGGACAGAAGCAGAGGAUCGCCAUCGCUCGGGCCCUGGUUCGAAACCCCAAGAUCCUCCUGCUGGACGAGGCCACGUCAGCCCUGGACACUGAAAGCGAAGCAGUGGUUCAGGUGGCCCUGGAUAAGGCCAGAAAAGGCCGGACCACCAUUGUGAUAGCUCAUCGUUUGUCUACAGUUCGUAAUGCUGAUGUCAUCGCUGGCUUUGAUGAUGGAGUCAUUGUGGAGAAAGGAAAUCAUGAUGAACUCAUGAAAGAGAAGGGCAUUUAUUUCAAACUCGUCACAAUGCAGACAAGAGGAAAUGAAAUUGAAUUAGAAAAUGCAAUUAGUGAAUCCAAAAGUGAAAUUGAUGCCUUGGAAAUGCCUCCAAAAGACUCAGGAUCCAGUUUAAUAAGGAGAAGAUCAACUCGCAAGAGUAUACAUGCCCCACAAGGCCAGGACAGAAAGCUUGGGACAGAAGAGGACUUGAAUGAAAAUGUACCUCCAGUUUCCUUCUGGAGGAUUCUGAAGCUGAAUAUAACUGAAUGGCCUUAUUUUGUGGUUGGUAUAUUUUGUGCUAUCAUAAAUGGAGGCCUGCAACCAGCCUUUUCAGUAAUAUUCUCAAGGAUUAUAGGGGUUUUUACCAGAAAUGAGGAACUUGAAACAAAAAGACAGAAUAGUAAUAUGUUUUCUUUAUUGUUUCUAGUCCUUGGAAUUAUUUCUUUUAUUACAUUCUUUCUUCAGGGCUUCACGUUUGGCAAAGCCGGGGAGAUCCUCACCAAGCGACUCCGGUACAUGGUUUUCAGAUCGAUGCUGAGACAGGAUGUGAGCUGGUUUGAUGACCCUAAAAACACCACUGGAGCAUUGACGACUAGGCUUGCCAAUGACGCUGCUCAAGUUAAAGGGGCUAUAGGUUCCAGGCUCGCUGUAAUUACCCAGAAUAUAGCAAAUCUUGGGACAGGCAUUAUUAUAUCCUUAAUCUAUGGCUGGCAGUUAACACUUUUACUCUUAGCCAUCGUACCCAUCAUUGCAAUAGCGGGAGUUGUUGAAAUGAAAAUGUUGUCUGGACAAGCACUGAAAGAUAAGAAAGAACUGGAAGGUGCUGGGAAGAUUGCUACUGAAGCAAUUGAAAACUUCCGAACUGUUGUUUCUUUGACCCGGGAACAGAAGUUUGAAUACAUGUAUGCACAGAGUUUGCAAGUCCCGUACAGAAACUCUUUGAGGAAAGCACACAUCUUCGGGAUCUCAUUUUCCAUCACCCAGGCAAUGAUGUAUUUUUCCUACGCCGGCUGUUUCCGGUUUGGUGCCUACCUGGUGGCCACCGGCUCCAUGAACUUUCCGGAUGUUCUGUUGGUAUUCUCAGCUAUUGUCUUUGGUGCCAUGGCAGUGGGGCAGGUCAGUUCAUUUGCUCCUGACUAUGCCAAAGCCAAAGUAUCAGCAGCCCACGUCAUCAUGAUCAUCGAAAAAACCCCUCUGAUUGACAGCUACAGCACUGGAGGCCUCCAGCCGAAUACGUUGGAAGGAAACGUGACAUUUAAUGAAGUCGUGUUCAACUAUCCCACUCGACCAGACAUCCCCGUGCUGCAGGGGCUGAGCCUCAAGGUGAAGAAGGGCCAGACGCUGGCGCUGGUGGGCAGCAGCGGCUGUGGGAAGAGCACGGUGGUCCAGCUCCUUGAGCGGUUUUAUGACCCCUUGGCUGGUACAGUGCUGAUUGACGGUGAGGAGAUAAAGAACCUGAAUGUCCAAUGGCUCCGAGCCCACCUGGGCAUUGUGUCCCAGGAGCCCAUCCUGUUCGACUGCAGCAUUGCGGAGAACAUCGCCUACGGAGACAACAGCCGGGUCGUGUCACAGGAAGAGAUUGUGCAGGCAGCCAAGGAGGCCAACAUACACCCCUUCAUUGAGACACUCCCUGAUAAAUACAACACCAGAGUAGGAGACAAAGGAACCCAGCUCUCUGGGGGCCAGAAGCAACGCAUUGCCAUAGCUCGCGCCCUUGUUCGGCAGCCUCACAUUUUACUUCUGGAUGAAGCUACGUCAGCUCUGGAUACAGAAAGUGAAAAGGUUGUCCAAGAAGCCCUGGACAAAGCCAGAGAAGGCCGCACCUGCAUCGUGAUCGCGCACCGCCUGUCCACCAUCCAGAACGCAGACUUAAUAGUGGUGUUUCAGAACGGCAAGGUCAAGGAGCACGGCACGCAUCAACAGCUGCUGGCUCAGAAAGGCAUCUACUUUUCCAUGGUCAGUGUCCAGGCUGGAGCAAAGCGCUAG